AGUCUAACAAGUAGCAGUAGAUGUGUUCAUGGUGUGUGUCCUAUAGAGCAUACAAGCAUUUUUUCAGAACUUAUUAAGGAAUACCGGUUUACAACAUUCGCAUACACCACAUUUUUAAAAACAAUUGUGCUGAGAUGUCUGUCAAAUUAAUUGGUAGAACUACAAAUUUGUAUGGCAAGACGCUCUGGGAAAUUUUAGGCAAUCUGAGAACCACGGGUGUUGGUCGUCUGGUAACCAGGAACUCAUAUGAUCGAUACGAAGAACCUAGCUUUUUCAGAGUCUUGUCUGUCGAACCCACUGCACAAAUAGAAGAUAAAGCAAGGAAAAUAAUAGUUCACGCUGAGAAAAUAUUCCGGGGUAAACACUACAAAGAGCCCGUUGAAAUAUACAGUGUAUCGUACAAACCUGAUUAUCGAUUAAUACCCAAAGAUGAAGAACAAUUGUGGUGGGAUCGAUUAGCCAAUUGCAAACCACGAGAAAAGUUUGUACCUGGCUCUAUUGAGUUACCACCACUCAUGAAAUUGGUAUUAGAACGUGACAACAAAGAUUCUAAUAUUAAAUUGCAAUUAAAAAUAAGAGGUGGCCGAGAUAAUGUUGCUAAAUCAGACAUAACUAAAAUUGCAUCAUACGGUCCGAGUUUUUUCAAAAAUCAACAAAGUAGUUAAUAAUUAAUAUGCAUUGUAUUUAUAACUAUACAUAGUUUUUUUUUCAUAAAUAUUAGAAGGUUUUGUUUUUA